GUCUUUUCGGCUUCUGUUCCUCAACUAAAUAGCCGGACAUAGUAGAAACCAAACGUCUGGUCGGCCGCUUCUUUUCCUCGCAUUAAAGAGUCUGUCCGACUGUCCAUAACCAUAGGAGACACCAAAGGUCAUGAAUCUAAUUAAAGAUAUACAUAUAUAUAAAGUACCCCAAAGAGAUGGACUUGCUUUCUGCAAUUUAGCUUUCGCACAAAGAGAUAGAGAUACAGAGGGGCUGCAGCGACAAACAGAGGGACUUUAGCUUUCGCAGAACUGCAGGGAGGGACUAAGGGGCUGCAGCACCACAACCGGCAGCACCGUAGCACUCAAAGUCGGCAAGUCUGCAACAAGAUCUUUUAUCAAUGGAGGUAGAAGGAAGCUCAUUACCUACCACCCCAGUAACAAUUGAGUCACCAAAUUUAUCACAUAAUCUGUUGGUUGAUGGAGGUGACUUACCUCUUGAUGACAUACCGUUGGAGGAUGAUGGUGAGCAUCUUGAUGUUGAUGGUGAAGAGAUAGUAGAAGCUGAAACUGAUGGUGCAAAAGUGAAAGUUCUGAAGUCAAAGAUUUGGGUGCAUUAUGAGAGAGAGAGACGGUUGGUGAAAAGCUCAAAGCAAGGUGCAAAUAUUGCCGGACACUUUUGUUGGGUGAUCCAAAGCAAGGAACGAGUUAUUUGCGUAAACAUUACCAAAGAUGCAACCAAAGGAAGACAAAAGAUAUAAGACAACAAGUUUUGCAAGCAAGCUCCAAGAACAAGUUUGAGCUUUCACCAUUCAACUUUGAUCAAGAACUUUCUCGUAUGGAGCUUGCGAGGAUGAUCAUUCUGCACGGCUACCCUCUAAAGACGGUUGAGCAUAUUGGGUUCAGAAACUUUGUGAACAGUUUAAACCCAUGCUUCAAAAUGGUGAGCAGGAAUACUAUUAAGAAGGAUUGCCUGAAGAUAUUUGAGAUAGAAAAGAAGGCCAUGAUGGACACACUUGUGAAGAAUGAUGGGAGAGUAGCUGUGACAACAGAUUUGUGGACUUCUGAUUUUCAGCAAAAAGGUUUUAUGGUUGUCAUUGCUCACUACAUUGACAAUUCCUGGAGGUUGCAAAGUCGAGUCAUCAGGUGAAAGUCUUUCUGAAGCAUUAUAUGGUUGUUUCCUAGAUUGGAACAUCGAGAACAAAUUAUCCACUAUAACUGCGGAUAAUUGUUCCACAAACGAUGUUAUGGUUGGCUUGAUGAAAGGGAAAAUUCCUUUUGAUGCUCUAUUGCUUAGCGGAAACUUACUCCAUAUGCGUUGUUGUGCGCAUAUAUUGAACCUCGUUGUGAAAGAUGGUCUGGAUAUCAUUCAUGCUGCAAUUGAGAAAGUGAGAGAAAGUGUUUCAUAUUGGAAGGGGACGCCAAAGAGAUGGGAGAAGUUUGAGGAUACGGCUCGACAGCUUCGCGCUCCGCUAGGUAAGAAGCUCACUCUUGAUUGUACGACACGUUGGAACUCUACUUAUAUAAUGUUGGAUGUUGCUUUGGAAUACAAAGAUGUCUUUUCCUGCUUAAAGAAUCGUGAUCAGAAAUAUGUCACUGCCCAGUGAAAAUGAGUGGAGCUUGUGCAAAGAAAUAUGCAGUAGGUUGAAGUUGUUUUACAAUGCAACAAGGCUUUUCUCUAGAACUUUAUAUCCUACUGCAAAUAUGUUUUUCCCAACUGUUUGUGAGAUCAAACUAGCUUUAAACCAGUGGACUGUUUGUGGUAUACCAACUGUGCAACUUAUGGCUUCUAAUAUGAUUUUAAAGUUUGACAAAUACUGGUCAGAUGUGAAUGGGAUCAUGGGUGUUGCUGCAAUUCUUGACCCUAGGUAUAAUUUGUUGAUGUUAGAGUACUAUUUUGGGAAAAUUUACUCCAUCACUUCUGAAUUUGAAGUUGAGAAAAUUGUUGAUUUUUGUCGUGAGUUGGUUAAGCAAUAUGAAGAGCAAGAAAAGACACAUAAAAAUGAUCAACUGGGCUGUCAAACUGAGAGCAAUGCAGGUGAAAGUAGUUCUUUGAGUGAUUUUGACUUGUACGCUUCUCAAAGAAAAAGAAUAAGUACAAGGUCAGAACUUGACCAGUACUUAGAGGAUGACAUCCUACUCCGUUCAACAGACUUUGAUGUUUUAAGUUGGUGGAAGUCAAACAAGGGUAAGUAUCCUAUUCUAAGUCAAAUCGCGAGAGAUAUUUUGGUCAUCCCUCUUUCUACAGUCGCUUCAGAGUCUUCCUUUAGCACAAGUGGACAGUUGAUCGGGCCUCAUCGUAGUCGACUCAAAGAAGAAACUAUUGAGGCCUUAAUGUGUGCACAAAGCUGGAUUCUUGCUGACUUAAAUGAAAAAGGAGGUGGAUCACUUUCAUCAGUUUUUUAUGAUUCAGAUGGUGACAAUGAUGAGGGACAGGGUUAAUGAGAAUGGAGAUAUGGAAUAUCAGUACCAAAUUGAAGAACCUUGCUGGACUGAAUUGAAGAAUUGAAAUCCUAAUGAUUUCUAGAAGCAAUGUUUUGUUACUCUUAUUUUUGGUGUCUUUGUUGGACAAGCUUGGAUCUUGUACUUUUCUGUCUUUCAUGAUAUUUUGUUUUGUGAACCUUUGGUUGUUUCAAACUAUUGUUGGGGACUUUGAGUCUCUGAUGUGUUAUUGAUGGCAUGUUCUGAAAAUUGACUUCUAAGUUAUCUCGUUUUGGC